AUAACGCUCGGAGCACCGUCACCAAUAUCGCCAGUCAAGCUCGGACGCCAUUGAAGCACAGGACCAUUCGACGCGAGUUUUCACCAACUAACUUGACUCAAUGACUGCGAAGCGCGCCAGCGAAGCUGCGUCGCAAAACUAGCGCAUCUCCCGCAGCGCGGCCUUUUACUCUUGGGACACAUUCACCUACCGUUCGCUGCAGCCCGACAUGGCCGACUUUCUGUUGGCCAAGGACGAGGUGGAUAAGCACGCGAGCGCAUUGGUGGCGCCUUUGAACAUCUCCAAGUCCCCCAAGAAGUUGCAGAACAGAGAACCCAGGCACAUUCGACAGUCGUCGUCAAGAGGCGGACACUCCAUAAAGUCGCAGUCGCAAAUAUCGCCGCCGUUGACACCGCGGUCCUCAAGAGAAGGACUCCCUCCGCACCGACUAUCACAGCCCGUCUUCCACAACUAUCUGCGCGCCUUCUACCACUUCCAUCCCAGUUCAACCGUCUCGUCGUCGACCGAUGAAUCCUCCAUCACCGUUCCCAUCAACCAAGGCGACGUCAUCCUCGUGCACUCGGUGCACCCCAACGGCUGGGCUGACGGGACUCUGCUGGCCUCCGGAGCCCGCGGAUGGCUGCCCACGAACUACUGCGAAGCCUACGAUCAUCUCACGAUCCGUAACCUUUUGAAUGCGCUGACGCACCUCUGGGACCUGGUUCGUGAUGGUGAGAACGGCGACCUCUUGGUCUUCACAAAGCAAGAUUAUGUAAGGGGCAUGAUAGCGGGAGUGCGGUUCUUCCUGGAAAAGACGCAAUGUCUAACAAGGGAUUCGCCCCUCAUCGUCGCGCAUGUCGGUCUCCGACGAAUGCGCAAAGGGUUGCUGGGCGACCUCUCAUCACUCGUAAAGAGUGCCAAAAAGCUGCAGGAGACGCUGCAGAACGAGACACCCGUACCAGUAUUUGAGCAGCUCGACGAGCUAGUCCUCAGAGCGUUCAAGCUGGUAACGAGAGCGGUGCGCUUCCUCGACAUAUGGGCGCAGGAUGCAGUGUCGCUGUCGUUUGACCUGGGCGAUGCGAGCAAUAAUAGACCUCUGACCCCUCCAUCUGACUCCGCCGAUCCUUCUGUGCAACCGCCGGCACCGUCGAAUCAAAAUGGCGAGGACGUCGCGCCAGCAAAUGAGAACGCGUCUGCUGUAGCACAAGCGAGCGCGAAUGCAACGCAGGAGGAAUUGGACAGCGCAGCAACCCAGCCACCACGUAACCUCCAUCGCCUUUCUGUCGCCUUCUCGAUCCCUUCAGAUUCGGACGCUCUCCAAUCACCUUUAUUGCCGCCUCAGCCCCAAGGUCAGGCGAAGCGCUUUUCUGUUACGCACCGUCUGUCGUACACCGGAAAGGUUCAAGGCACGCGAAAACAAAACCUGGCUUCAGAGCGGCUGAACGCAGCACACGACUCCUUUUUAGGUUUCAUCGGCUCCUUUAUCGGGUUGCACCUGCAGUCGCGUUCGUCUGAAGAGCUCACCCUGACUACCCAACGAUCCGUCGUCGCCUGUCGACAACUCCUCGCCAUUGUCGAGACAGUAUGGGAACGCGACUCACGAAGAUCCGAACAGCUGGAGCAAGCAAGGGAGAUGAUGUACACACGACUCACCGACCUUGUACAGGCCACCAAGGAUAUGUUCAGCAGCUCCGAGGCAGGCCUGGGUGAAGAGGUGGUCAUGCCGGACUCAGGAAAACAGCUCGUUACUGCGGCCACGAGCUGUGUACGGUCCGCUGGCGACUGCGUCACAAAAGCUAGGCUAGUGAUCGAAAGGAUAGGAGACUUUGAAUUUGAGAAUGAGGAGGAGGGUCUCUCGAAGACGAUUUUCGAACAAAUCGGCCAGGAAGCCUCGCAAGAAUUGGAACAGCCUGAGGAACAGCCCGAGCCACCAAAACAGACUGAACCAAUUGCGGAGACCGACAAGCCGCUCCCCGCACCGCCAGUCGAGGAGCGCAAAAUGCCGCCUCCCUUGAUCAUCUCCGAAUCGAAACCGCUGCCAGAAGUGCCGCAUUCGCCGUCGAUCGCUAGUAACAGGACAAGCCUACAGCCCAUACAGCCUGCUAUUGUCGAGAGUCCCACGGCCGUCUCCUUUAGAUCCUCGCGCUCCUCUCUACCACCUGUGAACCAGCUUCCGACUCCUCAUCUCCCUCAACCUAGUCCGUCUGAGUACUCGCAGAGCCCCGCGAGUGCAACUCAACGGUUCUUCUCCAAAUCCGCAAGGGCCGACAGCGUCAAUGCCUCUGUCGCCGACUCGAGUAGUACUUACCGGUACAGCAUGAAGGGUGACACAGGAAGCAUCGUCUCACAAACUUCCACACGUGCCACUACCCCGGAUCACUCCCCGGCUAAGAAACACAGCUCGCAAACCCUGGUGAGCAGCUUUGGAAGUUCAUCUGAGCUCCGGUCUAUGGCUAGCGAGGAUGUCGCUGCGGUUGAGGAACACCUGCUCGAAACGACAUACGCUCAUGAACUCAUCUAUAACAAGGAGGGUCAGAUCUCUGGUGGUUCACUACCUGCGCUUGUCGAGCAACUCACGACGCAUGAGUCGACGCCAGAUGCCGUCUUUGUAACCGCCUUUUAUCUCACCUUCCGACUAUUCACGACCCCCACCGAACUCGCGCAGUGCUUGAUUGAUCGUUUCGAUUACAUCGGCGAUAGCCAGUGCGUUGGUGUCCCUGUCCGCUUACGAGUCUACAAUGUCUUCAAGGGAUGGCUGGAAAGCCACUGGGUCGGGGAGAGCGACUCCGCUGCUCUCGGUAUUAUCUUUUCAUUUGCCACCGGAAAACUGCGAGCAGCUUUGCCCGCCGCCGGGAAGCGUCUCGCCGAAUUAACCUCCAAAGUCACUGAAGUCCGCGCUGGAGCUCUCGUGCCACGGCUAGUGUCCUCCCUCGGCAAGACUGGAAUCUCAAAUACCGUGUUUACGCCGGCUGAUAACAACGUUCCUAGUCCCAUCAUGACCAGGAGCCAACUGAGCGCACUGAAGGCCUGGAAAGAAGGGAAGACUCAGUGCAGCAUUCUUGACUUCGACCCGAUGGAGAUGGCCCGACAGUUCACCAUCAUCGAGUCGAAGCUCUAUUGCUCCAUUCAACCAGAGGAGCUUCUUGCCUUGGAAUGGACGAAGAAAGUUGGCUCUAAAGCUGUCAACGUGCGGGCAAUGUCAACCCUCUCGAACGAUCUCGCAAACCUAGUCGCGGAUACAAUUCUGCAUCUGGAGGAUGCAAAAAAGCGAGCCAUCAUCAUCAAACAAUGGGUGAAGAUUGCGGUGAAAUGCCUUGAGUUGAACAACUAUGACUCGCUGAUGGCUAUCAUCUGCUCGCUGAACUCGUCAAUGGUGCUGCGGUUGAAGAGGACCUGGGAGCUCGUCUCCGCUAAGACCAAGGCCCGCCUCGAAGAAUUGAAAACCAUCACAGAUGUCGGUCGCAACUACGCAGUUCUCCGUCAGCGCCUGCAGAACCACGUGGCGCCGUGCAUUCCUUUCGUCGGCAUCUAUCUGACGGAUCUCACCUUCGUCGAUGUCGGCAAUGGCACGACACGCCAGCUUCCCGGCGAGUCCGGUCGAGAUAGCGUCUCCGUCAUCAACUUCGAUAAGCAUAUGAAGACAGCGAAGAUCAUCGGCCAGCUCCAGUCGUUCCAGGUACCCUACCGUCUCGCGGCGGUACCAGAGAUGCAGGAGUGGAUGGAGUCGCAGAUUCAGCGAGUUCGUUCAAGCGAUCAAGCGAACGUUCAGAGCUACUAUCGCCGCUCGCUCCUUCUUGAGCCUCGGGAAGCUCCCCAAAUCCCAAAGGCGGCGCCACCUCCCGUUGACAGCAGCGCCGCCAGCACCAUCACGGCCGACAGCCGUACCAACUCGAAGGACAGAUUCGAGUUUCUCAACUUCCACUUUUCCUCAACGAAUUCUGUUAAAGACCGAUAGAGCUAAUGCGUGCGCUUCGAUGCGCCUUCUCGGAUUCAAAAGCCGACAUGUUAUGCUUCGUUUGGAUAGAUGCCGGUGCAUGCCCUACGGUGUGCCAUCAGACUUCCUUCUGCUUCCAUAUGGCAGGAUAUGU